GUGUGUCGUUCGGCCAUGUUACAGCUCGUUGUUGUGAAGAGGUUGCUAAAGAUACGAAUUUUUGAUAUUUAUUUCGGUGAUUCUAUUGACAAUAUUUUUAUGUGCUGAACAUUAUAAAUCAUAAAAAUGUUUUGUUUCUCCAGUGCCAAAAAUACUUACUCAUGAAAAGUUUUACGCAAGGUUACAUCUGCCAUCUCUGUUGUAUGAUGUCUUGAACAAUUCUUAGUUUUGGCUUCACAGUAACUUUAUCUCUGAAAUAAAAAAAAUUAAACAUACGCAAAAUGUGUUAAAACGGCUUAUAAAAAUUAGGUUUAUUAAACAAAUGCUUAGUUAAGGAAGUCAGGAUGGAACUUAUUUUACUUUUAUGUCUUGUUUCGUGCGGACUCGCUUACGAUAAAGCAUCUUUCUACGGUGCAAGUUACAUCUCGUACCCUCUUCAGGAGGCAAAAGGAGUGACGGAUAUAAGUUUUCGUUUCCGUACUCACCUCUCUGAUGCCCUUUUGCUGCUCGCUGCGGGAAAAAUAGAUUACUGUAUGAUUCGCUUGGAGAGCGGCAGGCUGAUACUCCACAUCAACUUGGGUGCUGGCGAGAGUGAGCUCUCUUCCCCCAAAGGCGCCUACCUCAACGACACGAAAUGGCAUCACGUCAGCAUUAUAAGGAGGGAAGCCAAUCUCACCAUGAAGAUCGACGAUAACAUCGUGAAGAAGAGGCUGCCGGGACGUUUCUUUGAACUGAAUAUACACUUUGGGAUUUUCCUUGGCGGUCAAGGCGAUUUCUCCGAACUGUUUUUGGGUCACAUGGAAAACUUCCGCGGCUGUAUGGAGGACGUGUACUACAACGGCGUUAAGAUAAUCGAGAAGGCCCGCAGCCGCACGGGUUCCGUCCACGUGGAGGGAGUCACCUGGAACUGUGCUCCGGAAUUCGACGCCGACAUCAACGCCGAUAUCAGCUUCAUAGACGAGGGAGCGUAUCUGAUCCUGCCCAAGAUAAACUCGAGAGCUGGUGGAAGGUGGCAGAUCGAGUUCAAAACAAUAAAUCGGAAUGCUGUGGUGCUCUACAAUUCCGGUGGCGGCCGCGGCUCGGACUUCUUGGCCGUGGAGAUCCUGGAAGGCAUCGUGAGGGUUAAGAUGGCCAGGGGACAGAUAGUCCACACGCAACGGGUUAACGACGGCCAGUGGCACAAGUUGCAUCUUCUCUUCAACCCCUCGCUGAUAGAGCUAUCGGUGGAUAAUGUAGCCAUGUCUACGAGAAUCGAGAACGGCGGCACCAGGUACUUGGAUCUAUCCGACUCUUUCUACCUCGGCGGGAUAGAGAGUGAGAAGAGACAGAGGGCAUUCGCGAAGGGUGUCAAAGCCGCGGAUUCUAGUAUUAUGGGUUGCGUAAAACCAAUCGAAGUGGACGACAAGAUCUUCGGGCUGCCCAACGCGCUAGUGACGUACGGGGUGAGCCCCAAGUGCGUUUGGUGGUACCCCUGCCACUCUAGCCCUGGAAGUCCACCGUGCGUUCCAAACGCAACCUGCGAACAGCACGGCGUCAACGACUUUACGUGCAAGUGUGAUAGCGAUCUCUGCAUCAAUCCUGAUUACGCUGAGAAGUAUAAGGUGUUCUCCAAAUCCAGCAGCGAGCUCGAACUGGUAGCGCUCUAUCCCCUAACGGUGCAAGAAGGUGGCGUCUCAGUCAUCACGACACAGAACAUAGACGUGGUGUUGGACCACCACAAAUACGGGGUUAGACCCUCGGGGGUGCUACUCCACGUAGCCCAGUCGCCGCAGCACGGGAAGAUCGCUGUGGACCUUUCGCUUCAGCGGAAUCCACCACAGUACACCAAUCAUAUCGACGGAGAGAAGUCGAAGCAGACUUUCACGCUGAUGGAUCUUUCUAGAGACAAGGUCCGUUACGUCCACGACGGCUCGGAGAAUCACCAGGACGCGAUAGUGCUGGAGAUGGAACUCAUACCGGAAGCGAAGUUCACCCUGCCCAGCUACCUGCAGGGCCGCAACACGUUCGUGCUUCACGUCAACGUCACACCGGUCAACGAUCCGCCCGUACUCAACUUGCUGCCCGGCAAGGUUUUGCGACUCACUCAGGGUACAAGGAAAGUGAUAACAUCUGACAUAUUGAAAGCGGAGGAUCCAGAUACGCCGCCAGAAGAUCUGCUAUACACUGUGUUACAUGGCAAGAGCGAAGCUAAUAGUGGCCACAUCGAAAUCUCAGGGCAGCCAGUGGACUCUUUUACCCAGCAAGACAUUAACACUGGUGUUAUAUCGUUCGUGCACGGAACGACAGGCGACAAGACACUGAACAAAACGUCGCUGCGACUGACGUUACAGGUAUCAGACGGCAUAGAGACGAGCGGUCCCGGCGUGUUGCGGAUAUCGGUGGUACCGCUCCAAGUGCGUCUAGUUAACAACACGGGAUUGGUGCUAGUUCAUAACUCGUACGCCAUCAUCAACUCAGACAACCUCACGUUUACUACGAACGCUGAUGAGACGAACGUACAAGUUAAAUACGAUAUAGUGAAACCACCGCAAUUCGGUGUGGUCGAACGAUUGCGAGUAUUGGACGGUACUUGGCAAACCGUUGACUCUUUCACCAGUGAGAUGAUUGCUUUCGGCAGGGUGCGGUAUAUGCAUCUGUUGGGUAACCCUACUCAUGAUGAAUUUAAGUUCAAAGCAUCAGUUGGAACGAUACGAACGAACACGCUAUACGACUUUCGACUGACUUUCAUAAAACUCGAGUUAUAUCAGGCGAAAAACGAAGAAUUACUACUGAAUAAUACGAGAGAAGCCUUCAUAUCUUCCGAACAUUUGAAAUACCAAACACGACCAUUGGUUCUUACGAGCGAGCGAAUACAGUACACGUUAGUAAAACCACCGAAAUACGGCAUACUCCAUUUAUCGACUGGAAAACAUCAUCUGCAAAUGUAUAGCGGAUUUACUCAACAACACAUAGAUCUUGAUCAACUAUGGUACAGGCUCCACAGAAGAGCGUACUCUCAUAUUCAAGACGAAUUCACUUUUAUCGUAAGCGCAUCGGAGUGCGAAAAUGUUACGGGCGUAAUGACUAUCAGACAUAUCCCAGGAACGACUAUUUCUGGCUACAACACUGGCAGACUUACUACAAAAUUGGAGAGACUACAAGUAGUCGAAGGUUCUAGAAUGGCGAUACCAGUUACUCAUCUAAACUUUCGAACCGACGUCGUUACUAAUCUAGUAUUCAACAUCACCCAUCUACCAAAACACGGAAAAAUCGAAGUCAUAACGGAUUCUUUACAGAUAUUAAGAGAAAACACAACUUAUUUCACGCUCCAAGAAUUAAACUCGGACAGGGUGUACUACGCUCACGAUGAUUCCGAAAGCAAACACGACUCGUUUCAUUUCAUGGCUUUAAGUCCCGAACCGGAGGACUUUCAAUACGUCGGCAUAUUUCACAUCGAUAUUAUACUCAAGAACGAUAAUAGCCCGGUGAGAUCUGUUGACAGAGUGUUUCAUAUUGUACACGGAGGAGCUAGGCUAAUAACGGCUCGCGAUCUGAGCUACAGCGACGCAGAUUUAGACACUAAGCCCUCGGAUAUUGUGUACACCGUCCAAAGAUUUACUAAAGACCCUCCCAACGGGGGAAUAUUUAGGUCGGACAACCCUUCCGAGCAGAUUGCUCAGUUUUCGCAGGACGAUAUCAAUAAAAAUCUGGUGUUGUUCAAACAUCAAGGGAAAGAGUAUGGUAAGAUGGCGUUUUGGAUAUCCGAUGGCUUGUUUGAUGUGAACGGAAAUUUGGAAAUACAAGCGUCGCCGCCGUUUAUAAGAAUGAAUCCAAGCAAUGGUUCUAUAGUGGAAAACGGAAAAUCUGUCGUGAUAACGAAUAAAGAUAUGCUGGUGGACACAAACAUGAACUGCUUGGAGGAGGAUAUUCGAUACGAAGUGACUCAAGAGCCGAAACAGGGGACUAUAGAAGUGGGUAACGCACCGAUAUACACAUUCACACAGUUAGAUAUAGCGGCGGGCAGAGUUGUGUAUAAACACAGAGAUCCGAAGACUGCGACUGAUGCUUUUAGGUUCAAAGUGAUGUGCUUAGAAGCGUGGGGCGAGGGUAUCUACCCCAUCAAGAUAUACCCGUCUAGCUACUGGGAGCCCUUGAUGGUGAAUACCAAUAAACCAGUCGUUGUGGAGGAGUCCACUAGUGUUAACAUCACUAAGGAUAUUUUGGAGGUAAUGCAUCCACAAAUCGAACCUUCAAACAUAAUCUACCAAAUAACGGAGGGGCCAUACUACGGAUGGAUCGAAAUCUCCUCAACGCCCGGUUCUGUGGAAAUGGACAAUUAUAACGAGGAACCCGUGCACACAAAAGUUUUCGAUCAGUCCAUAAUUAACUCCAAUCGGCUCGUCUACGUCCAAUCGGGCGUCAAUCGGACCAGAGACAAAAUCAAAAUGGACGUCACCAACGGCAUAGUUUGGUUGCGCGAUUUGGAACUUACUGUGGUCAUAAUACCCGAACACUUCUACAUAGCGACGCAAAAUCUGUCAGUUAUAGAAGGACAGGCCGUCAGUAUCACACCAGAAGUAUUCAAGACCGUAACUGAGUAUUACAAAGGCAAAGUCAUGUCUUACAAGUUGAUAUCGAAACCGAAGUUUGGCAAAAUUGCUGUGGGCGAUCAAGAAUUGAAUCUGUUGCCGGUUUUGAAGCUCAAUACUGGAAAUAUACAGUACGUAAACGACGGUUCAGAAGAAACCCUCGAUUCAUUCAGUCUGGUGGCUAUGACUGAAAGCGGUAAGGAGAGCGAACCGUUUACGAUAUGGGUUGACAUUGCAUCUGUGAACGAUGAACCGCCUAUCGUCGCCGCGAAUACUGGCCUAUGUGUGUGGGAAGGCGGGACUUUUACCUUCACUAGGAACGAGCUGUAUGUAAACGACAUCGACACGCCAUUAGAGAACGUGACGAUAAUAGUAUCGGACAUCGUGUCUGGUUACAUCGCUAUGAAGGCUGACGUCGAAACACCAGUCGAGCAUUUCACACAAGCCGAUAUUGACAGGAGGGAUGUUUUAUUCGUGCAUAAGAAUGGAACAAAAGGCAAGAUGAUAUUCAACGUAACAGACGGACUUCACGAACUUUCUAAAAUAACUUUUCUAAUAACAACAAAAUCUGUGACACUCAAGCUGGCCAGGAAACAUACGCUACGUGUAUUUCCGUUGAUGAGAGAACCACUCAAUAAUUACUUCCUAAUGGCGAAAUGCUCGGAUUACAGUCGAACUAUAACUUUCAUAGUAGAUAGAGCACCAACAUUGGGUAGACUUAUAAUGCUGAACGGUGAUAAUCAUCAUAGAACAGUCAAGCAGUUCACACAAUAUGAUAUAAAUAAUACUUUAGUUUACUAUGAGCAUACGCAUCCGUUCUCCGAUCUGCAUACGAACGAUUCUUUCAUAUUCAGCGUAGAAGCUUCUAGAGCUAAAUCAGUAACAGAUCAAGUAUUCAAUAUCGAUAUAUCCGUCUCCUCGGGUGGUUUGUCGAAAUACGUCAAUGUUCCAGUGACUAAAGUACAAGAAGGGGGUAAGAUACCGAUUGUUGUUAACGUCACCAACGUUAUAGUGUAUUUGGAAACUCAGGCGGGGGUUAGACAACCACAAUUGGAAGGUCAGUGGUCGCAACCCAGUCAUGGUGAACUUCAACCUUUUAUAUCAUCGCUGACUCAAGCCCAAAUGGAGAAUGGGGUUGUCAAUUACCAGCAUGAUGAUACAGACACUCUACAAGAUAGAAUAGAUAUGUCCCUAUAUUUGCUACCUGAUUAUGUGCUACUUUGUAAUGUGACGAUACCAAUUACAAUCAUACCAGUCAACGAUCAACCAUUUAGACUGCUCACUGAUUCGCCCCAAAUUCAAGUUGUCCAAGGAGACAACUAUACUAUCACAAAGAAAGAUCUUUCGACUGAAGAUUUAGAUACUCCACCAAAGGAUAUUCUAUACGACAUUAUAAGUGGUCCUACUCAAGGUAGACUGGUUAUGCUAGAUGUAAACCAAACAUUAGAUACAGCUCUAUCCAUAAACAAAUUCACCCAAGAAGAUGUUAACGAUGGAAAAAUUGUGUACGAACAUUCUGGAAUUUUACAAACUGCUACUUUCUAUUUUCGAGUAUGGGAUGGACAAUUUAAGCCUACGUAUACAGUAUUCACUAUAGACGUAGUACCUGUUAUACUUAAUGCAACUUCUUCGCAUCCUAUAAGCUUACAGCAGGGUUCAAACGUCGCAACUCUUACGACUGACCAAAUUUUACUUGAAACUAAUGCUAAAAAUACUAAAGUGUGGUACAAUAUUACUCGACAACCACUCCAUGGUAUGAUAUAUUUGGGAAGAAAUCCAGUAACAUACUUCUCACAUAAGGAUUUGAUUAACAAAGUCGUAAUUUAUAUGCAAAAUGAUAUGACGGUUGCGAACGAUAGUUUUGAUCUAAUAGGUUACGUAAACACUAGCAAUGCAACAUCUCCAUUCACGAUAGAAGUUAUAGUGGAGCCAUUGAUGGUGCUAGGCGAUCUAAAAGUUGACGCAGAGAAAGUCAGACUAACAGUUAGCAAUUUGGAUGCAACUGAACUAGCUAAGCUGACCGCUAGCGUUCCCGUGUAUACAAUAAUAGAGAAACCAAAAUAUGGUGUAUUGAAGAAGAUAAUUCGCAGUUCGGGAGAGAAAACUAGUGCUCGAGAAAGGGAAGUGACUUAUUUUACCCACGAGGAUGUUAAGGCUGGUGUCAUCUACUAUGUGAUCAAAAGGAAUGCACCAGAUAUCGGUGUGGAAGAUAGUUUUAGGUUUCUACUAGCGGCGACUAUAUUCCAACCAGCGUCUGGGGAAGUGAAGAUAUUCAUUGGAGGGAAGCUAAGAAAGAGUCUCCCGGGACCUAACGAUCCGGAGAGUCAUGAAGGGAACCCGGUUGCUAAUGGCGAAUCUCCCUCCUACUAUAUGAUGGUGCUGAUGGCAAUAUCAGGGAUAUUCCUAGCGGUGAUAGUCGUGUUUGGUCUACUGAAGUGUCGUCAGCACUUCAUUAGAGAUCAGAACGCUAUGGUUAAGAUACACGGACAGAGCCAGGGAGCGGUCGCUCCUAUACCUUUACCACGACCGCCGGAUCAUUUGAUGCCGUCGCCUACCCAAGCGACGCCACCUAUCAAGAGGUACGUGUCAUCAGACCAGUCCGUGCACACAGGCGCGAGUACGCCGCUGCCAUCUGGCGGCAGUGUGACAUGCAAAGUGACGCCGCUCGACGGUGCGCCGGAUCUCAACGCGCGGUACCCGUACGGCGCUGAGGAUCAUACUGAUGCUGAAGACUGGAGCAGUUACGAGGCGAGCGAGACCGCGUACCCCAUCAGGACGCAAGGGGUAACCCCCACGAACCCCAUGCUCAGACGGAACCAGUACUGGGUCUGACCAAAGGACACGCACUCGUUGCCUCGGGUGGCUAAAAAAGUUUCAGUUACCCUACCCGAAGAGCACGAAAACUUUGCGACUCUCAACCCGAGGUUACACACUCGUCGAGGUGUCGACUUAGUUCCUACGCCGUUUCUACUCAGCAACUACAAAAUAAAAUACCCAAGCUGCGAGGUAACUCUGUAGAUGUGCAACGUUACACAAAAACAUGGUUAAAUAAUUAUUAUUAAUGUUGGAUGCCAAAGCGUAUACGCAAAUGCGUACAAAAAUGCGUGCGUGUAUGCGUAUAAUACGGUAGUGCGUACAUGCUCGCGUGCGUGUGCGAGUAUUACGUAUCAGUGUGAGUGCGUGUGUGCGUAAGUGCGCAUACGAUUACGUGUGUUUGCUUUUAUUCUGGGACGCUCAUACAUACUUAUUGUUUCAAUCAUGCAGGAAUAUAUUUUAUCACAGAUAUCAUUUAAGAUAAAAGACGAAUCUCUGAAAUGUGCUGCCGAGUACUAAUAAUUAUAUUGUUAUUUUAUAUUCUCGUGUGAUCGAAACUAAAGUGUAACAAAAUAGCACUGUAAAAUAUUGUAAAAUAUACAGAUUUUCUAAUGGAUGACUACUACUGACUAGUAUUGGACAACGAUCAUUCCCUAUAGCAUAGUUACGAUUCAACAGUAAAAUAGACUAAAUAGAUGUUUGGACAGCGUAUUAGAAGAAUAAGGUAUGCGUCCUAGUGUUGUGCUAAGUCGCAUAAUAUUGUCUUGACCUAUGUUGAUAACAAGAUAUUCAAAAAAAUAUUAUUG